AUUGGCCACGCCAAGGCGAUCAACAUCAACUUCGGCUACGCACAAGCCAAUGAUGGCCACUGCUACCUGCGCUACGACGACACCAACCCCGAGAAGGAGGAGGAGCGCUUUGUGGUGGGCAUCAAGGACAUGGUGGAGUGGCUCGGCUACAAGCCCUACAAGAUCACCUACUCCUCGGACUAUUUUGACGAGCUGUACGCCUUUGCGGUGACGCUGAUCAAGAAGGACCUGGCCUACAUCUGCCACCAGCGCCCGGAGGAGCUAAAGGGCUUCAAUCCGCCGCCGUCGCCGUGGCGCACUCGGCCCAUCGAGGAGAGCUUGGCGCUUUUUGAGGCGAUGAAGAGCGGCAAGCUGGCGGAGGGCGAGGCGACGCUGCGCAUGAAGAUCACCCUGGAGGAGGGCAAGCAGGACCCGGUGGCGUACCGCAUCAAAAUGGCCGCCCACCACCGCACCGGCAACAAGUGGUGCAUCUACCCUACUUACGACUUUACGCACUGCCUGGUCGACUCGUUGGAGAACAUCACCCACUCGCUGUGCACCAAGGAGUUCCAGACCCGCCGCUCCGCCUACUACUGGCUCUGCAACUCACUGGACGUGUACUGCCCGGUGCAAUGGGAGUACAGUCGCCUCAAUGUGAACUACACCGUCGUGUCGAAGCGAAAGAUCGCCAAGCUGAUCAGCGAGCGCAUCGUCGACGACUGGGACGACCCUCGCCUCUUCACGCUGACCGCCCUGCGCCGCCGAGGCUUCCCCUCCCUCGCCAUCAACAACUUCUGCGCGCUGAUGGGCCUGACCGUGGCCUCGGCGGUGGUCGACCCGGCCAUGCUGGAGGCCUCGGUGCGCGACGUCCUCAACGUGACCGCUCCGCGCGCCAUGGCCGUCCUCUCGCCGAUUCGAGUGCUGAUCACCAACAUGGCCAACCAGAUCACGCCCACGUACAUUGAGAUUCCCGACUUUCCCUCGGAUCCGGCCAACUCUGCCAAGCACAUGGUCCCCCUGGAGAAGGAGAUCUUCAUUGAGCGGGAGGACUUUAAGGAGGACACCACCGACAGCAACUUUCGCCGACUGACGCCAAAGCAGAUCGUUGGCCUGCGCCACGCUGGCUACGCCAUUGAGCUGAAGGAGGUGGUCCGCGACCCGGCCACCGGGGAGAUUGACCACCUCGAGGUGAUUCGCCACCCGAUUGAGUCGCUGAAAACGAAGCCCAAGGCCUUCAUCCACUGGGUCUCGGUGCCGCUGACGGUGGAGGUGCGUCUCUACGAGCGCCUUUUCAACCACAAGAACCCGGAAGAUCCAAAUGAGGUGCCCGGCGGUUUUCUCUCCGACUGCAACCUCGACUCGAAGACGACACUGACCAACGCCCUGGUAGACGUGUCGGUGAAGUACGCUCAGCCUUUUCAGCAGUUUCAGUUUGAACGAGUCGGCUUCUUCAGCGUCGACACUGACUCGCGCAUCGGCAAGCUCGUCUUUAACCGGACCGUGUCGCUGAAGGAUUCAGCUGGAAAGAACUAA